GAAGUUAGGAGGUAGGGAAAUCUCACGAAGUAGACAUCAGUCCAACGAAUUCUUCACUAACACGUGACGCUGCCAGGUCCCAAAUUAAAAUAAUAAUCGAUAUAUUAUCCAUAGCACUGGAUAACAUGUACUGUCCCAGAGAACCCAGAACCGAUAAGCGUCUUUCACCAUACACCACGCAUGCGCAGUACGAAUCUUCUCACGCCUUAAUAAAUAGCAGUUGAAAGCCCCAUUUGUCUGCUCAGGCUGUCCUACUCACUGCCUGGCCGUAUUGGUGACAUUCUUUACUAACUAAAAGAGAACUGGUAUGGACUUAACACAAGCCAAGAACGUUUCCUUAGCUGUCGAGUACAAUGUAGUCUUUGUUUUCCUUGAAAAACUAUGUGACUGGUCAUUAUCAGGCGCGCUGUAAAAAGCCCUGGACUCCAAGGAAGAGGCGGAGCCAGCGGUGGAUACAGUAGGAAGCGGCGCAGACUCGACAUGGCGGAGGCAGAGAUUGUGGAAGGCUGCCGACUUCCUGUUCUCCGGAAGAACCAAGAAAACGAAGUGGAGUGGCCAUUGGCAGAAAUCCUGAGCGUCAAAGACCUGUCUGCAAAGAAACUGUUCUAUGUUCAUUAUAUAGACUUCAAUAAACGACUGGAUGAGUGGGUCACCUAUGACCGCUUAGACUUGAAGAAGAUUCAAUUUCCAAAGAAAGAAGCCAAGACUCCAACAAAGAAUGGGCUAUCUGGAUCAAGACCCAGCUCACCAGAGAGGGAAGUGGACGGGUUCUCAACCACUGGAUGUAAGCAAGAAGUUCUCCAUCCGCUGACAGCAAGCAGAGAUCUUGAAACGAGGAAGAUUACAGAACUCAUUCUACCUCCAGCUGCAGCCCCUGCGGGAGGAGGAAAAUCUCUCCCUGUUCCACAGAAGCGGAAAGUAGAAGUUGUAUCACCAGCAACACCAGUUCCACCAGCACCUGAAACCACACAAGCAUCUGUAUUCCCACAGAAUGGAGCAUCCCGCAGGCCAAGUGCCCCUGCUGUACCUGCAGGACGCAAGAGAAAAUCAAACUGCCUAAGUGCCGAUGAGGAUUCUCAAGACAGCUCUGAUGGAAUUCCUUCAGCACCUCGAAUGACUGGCAGCUUGGUGUCUGACAGGAGCCAUGAUGACAUAAUUACUCGCAUGAAGAACAUAGAAUGCAUUGAACUGGGCCGCCACCGGCUUAAGCCUUGGUACUUCUCACCCUAUCCACAAGAGUUGACUGUCUUACCAGUACUUUAUUUAUGUGAAUUCUGCCUCAAGUAUCUGAAGAGUCUUAAAUGUCUACAAAGACACCUGACUAAAUGUAAUUUGCGACAUCCCCCAGGAAAUGAAAUCUACAGAAAAGGAACCAUCUCAUUUUUUGAAAUAGAUGGACGCAAGAAUAAGAGCUACUCUCAGAAUCUUUGCCUUUUGGCAAAAUGCUUUUUGGACCACAAGACUUUAUACUAUGACACGGAUCCUUUCCUUUUUUACAUUAUGACCGAGUAUGACUCUAAAGGCUUUCACAUUGUUGGCUACUUUUCAAAGGAGAAGGAGUCAACAGAGGAUUAUAAUGUGGCAUGUAUCCUGACACUACCACCUUAUCAAAGGAGAGGAUAUGGAAAACUUCUUAUUGAGUUCAGUUAUGAAUUGUCUAAAGUGGAGGGAAAGACUGGUACUCCUGAAAAGCCGCUUUCUGAUUUGGGUCUCCUCUCCUACCGCAGUUAUUGGUCUCAGACAAUUUUAGAAAUUCUAAUGGACCUGAAGACUGAAACUGGGGAGAGGCCGCAGAUAACCAUUAAUGAAAUCAGUGAGAUCACCAGUAUUAAAAAGGAAGAUGUCAUCUCUACAUUGCAGUAUCUGAACCUCAUAAAUUACUACAAGGGACAGUAUAUCCUGACACUAUCAGAAGACAUUGUUGAAGGUCAUGAAAGAGCCAUGCUGAAAAGAAUUUUGAGGAUAGAUUCAAAAUGUCUACACUUCACCCCAAAGGACUGGAGCAAAAGAGGGAAGUGGUAGACAAAAGUCAACGUAUCAGCUAAUCUAUCAUAUAAAACUGUGCUGCUCUCAGACCCUUGGAACAAGUGAACUCUAAUGACUACUUCAUUUAUGAAUGUCCUACAGCGCAAUGUUCAAUUAUGUCUCUGUUUCUGAAAAAUGAACAAAUUUGUAUUUCCUGGAA